UAACCUCAGCUGGGUUCAGUCCCCAAGGGCUUCGAAUCACGGUUUCGGAAUAAUGGUUUCGGUCCAAUCGACUGGGCGAAGUUUUGUUGUGAGGUUAUUACUGGGUUGGGUUGCAGCCCAGGAUUAAAAGCUGCCGCUGACAGGAAGGGACUUUAAAGCGGUGAUGAGGCACAUCCAAUGGAACUGAAUCUGGUGUUGAGAAGGGUGGUGUAUGGAUGUGGUGCUGCUCAUAGAUUGCAUCAUUCCAGGGGGUUGGCUAUGCUUGCGUUGUGUGGUUUUUCUCCCAGUGUCACCCCCGCCAGCUUGUGGACGCUCAGCCAUAAAUGCAUACAACUUAUUUGACUGCUUUCUCCGUCUGCAUUAAUGUGGGUGCAAUCUAUUGUAUUGGACCCUGGAAGACUACCUGUUCUUCACGUAGUCGGUCGGAAUUGAUUGAUCUUUAGUAAUUGGUUGCGGAGUUGACUGGCAAGCUGCGUCCCAGCUUGAGCAGGACUGGAGUCGACAUGUGGUAGGAUCAAUGUAAUAGACUUACACGUAUCUGUGAGGUUCCCACAGAAGAGAUACCAUAUGACUUGAUAUGGAUAUAUUAGUUGGAAAAAGACUGUGACAUCGAUUGAAAAGACAGGUAGAAGUGUAAAAAUCAAGCCGAAUUCAUGAUGCGGAGGCCGGUUGCUGUCGCGGUUUGGUUGUUUGUGGUGGUGAUGUGCUUGUUUCUGGAUUCCCCCUCGCUGGCUGUGAGGUGGACAGACACAACUGAAAGGAAAACUUUGGAGUAUGGAUGUGGGGAAGAGCAGGACGUUGACCGAAUCGUGGCUCUGCCGGGACAGCCACCCGUGGAUUUCGCCAUGUACGCGGGGUACAUCACUGUGGAUGAGAAAGCCGGAAGAGCACACUAUUAUUUCUUUGUAGAGGCGGAGGAGAACUCAGAGGAGAAGCCCCUGGUCUUUUGGUUCAAUGGAGGUCCUGGUUGCUCGUCAAUUGCAUAUGGAUUCGCCGAGGAACUGGGUCCAUUUUUCAUCAAUUCGGGAGGAGAAUCUCUCAGGCUCAAUCGUGAUUCUGGCAAUAAAGUUGCUAACGUGCUCUUCGUUGAGUCUCCCGCUGGAACUGGAUUUUCCUACAGCAACACGAGCAGCGAUCUCCUUGCAGCCGGAGAUUUUCGCACAGACAAUUAUGCAUUCGUGACGAACUGGUUCAAGCGCUUCCCGCAAUACAGAGGGCGUCCCUUCUUUCUCGCUGGCGAAAGCUACGCCGGACUCUACAUCCCAGAGCUCGCCAAGCUCAUCUAUGACAACAACAAGAAGCUCACUUCCCAAUCGAGAAUCAACUUCAUGGGAUUCAUGGUGGGCAACCCGGUGAUCGACGCCUACAGCGACAACUGGGGCUACAUCGACUUCCUCUACUACCACGCUCUGAUCAGCGAUGAGACAUACUCCCAGAUGAAGAAGGCUUGUAAGUUCACUCACGAUAAUGCGCCACUCUCCCGAGAAUGCAUCCAACUGAUGUUCUAUCAAUCGACCAACGAAUAUGGCGGCAUUGACCCGUACUCAAUCUACGCACCGGCGUGCGUCUCAGAGUCAUCCACGAACUCGUCUAGAAAUCAUUUUCAUCGAGGUCUUCAACAGACGUCGAAGAAUCCAGUUCUGGGUCUUGUGCGCCAAGGAUAUGACCCCUGCACUUACGAUAACUCGUUGAUCUACUUCAACCGUCCAGACGUGCAGAAAGCAAUGCACGCAAACACGACGGGGAUUCCAUAUCCCUGGGUUGGGUGUAGCGAUCAGUUGAUUGUGAAUUGGAAGGACUCAGCAGCAACGGUGCUGCCGAUCUAUCGGGAGCUUCUGAACGCGGGGUUACGCUUGUGGGUAAUCAGCGGAGACUCGGACAGCGUGGUGCCAGUUACAGGCACCAGAUACGCCUUGGCAUCCUUGAAUCUGCCCAUCGUCGUCCCUUGGUAUUCAUGGUACCACCACCAACAGGUUGGAGGUCGUGAAGUGGUGUACAAAGGAAACUUGACGUUGGUUGUAGUUAGGGGAGCAGGACACGAAGUGCCUUUACUGAGAUCAGCCCAGUGGUUGCAAGUGUUCGAAAGCUUUCUCAAAGGAUCGCUCCUGCCCAGCAACCCAUAUAACUAAACCUGCAAUACGUAUUUUACACUUCGAUUUCUCUGCUGCACAUGCAAGUCUACUCAGUGCCUGCACUAUUUCUACACUGUCGAUGGUCUGAAACACAGUAUCAGUUGUCGAGAAACGUGCAAACCUCGCUUCACUCCCAGAAGUGUUUUCGUAGGUGCUUAAGCAUCAGUCCCCGAGUAAUAGCAGCAUGACCAGGAUUCGUUGCAAGCAACAUCCAGAUUCUAGUCUAGACACUAAAAUUGAGAAAACAGCUUGUUGGACAACUGGAAAAUUAAGCAUUAAAUAUUUUGAGUGGAAGCUCGUAAAGUUUAUUUAGCCAUAGUUGGAGGUUCAUGCGGUGAGUGGCAUUCAAGUUUUGAGCAUGGGAUGGACUUGGUGGAGGUCAGAGGCCCUGCAGCCGAGCCUUGGUCGCCUUCAAACUCCACAUUUUUCAGUCAAAGCCAACCAUUGUUUACAGUUUUUUAACUGUCUGGUUGGAGUACGUGCUUCCGCAGCCAGAGUGUAUCCUUGGUGCUUGCCUGAGCGUGGUAUUUUUCUUUAUUUAUCUGAUUUUAAAUAGAACUGGACACAUCCCUUUGCUAAUACAGAGAGAGAGUUGCAAUUACUGUUUGAAUGACCA